AUGGCAGAACAGCAUGCGUGGGAAUAUGCUAAGGAGAGUGGCUUGGACCUGGUAACUCUUUGUCCAACUAUGAAUCUGGGCCCAAUGUUGCAGGGGAAUGUGAAUGACAGCAGCAUGUUUCUUUUUAAUCUAUUGAAAGGAGGGAAAGAGACCAUUCAAAAUGUCAUUCAUGCAAUUGUGGAUCUUCGAGAUGUGGCAGAGGCAUCAGUUCUGGUAUAUGAAUGUUCAGAGGCUUCUGGGCGCUAUAUAUGCAAUGCACAUCAAAUGAGAGCACGUGAUUUGGUGGAAAUUUUGAAGCGCUUGUACCCUCACUAUAAUUAUCCAAAGCAGUUUAUCAAUGUGGCACAUGAUAUGCAUGUCUCUUCAAAGAAAUUGCAGAGUCUGGGCUGGAGUUUCAGACCUCUAGAAGAAACACUUGCUGAUGCUGUUCAAUGCUUUUGUGAGCUUGGUCUUCUUGGCUGA